GAUAUGAAUAUAUUUUUGGAUGAUCCAGAAUUUGCAGAAAUCAUUCUGAGAGCAGAACAAGCUAUAGAGUGUGGAGUUUUUCCAGAAAGAAUCUCUCAAGGAUCCAGUGGGAGUUAUUUCGCCAAGGAUCCAAAAGGGAAAGUUAUUGGAGUGUUCAAACCAAAAUCUGAAGAGCCUUAUGGACAUCUCAAUCCAAAAUGGACCAAAUACUUUCACAAAGUUUGUUGUCCUUGCUGCUUUGGCAGAGGCUGCCUCGUUCCAAAUCAGGGAUACCUCUCUGAAGCUGGUGCCUAUCUAGUGGAUGACAAGCUGGGGUUGGGAGUGGUACCUAAAACUAAGGUUGUCUGGCUUGUCAGUGAGACGUUUAAUUACAGUGCAAUAGAUCGUGCAAAGUCAAGAGGAAAAAAAUAUGCGUUAGAGAAAGUGCCAAAAGUUGCUAAAAAAUUUAAUCGAAUAGGACUACCUCCUAAGGUUGGCUCCCUCCAGCUGUUUGUUGAAGGAUAUAAGGAAGCUGACUACUGGCUCAGGAAGUUUGAAACUGAUCCUUUACCUGAGAACACAAGAAAAGAAUUUCAGUCACAGUUUGAAAGAUUGGUUAUCUUGGAUUAUGUCAUCAGAAAUACAGACAGAGGUAAUGAUAACUGGUUAGUCAGGUACGAAAAACAAGAUGAUGGACUUGAUCUGUCAGAUAAGGAUAGCCAGUGGACUAUAACUAAGGAAUCUACUAUUAAAAUUGCUGCAAUUGACAAUGGUUUAGCAUUUCCAUUUAAGCAUCCUGAUGAGUGGAGGGCAUAUCCCUUUCACUGGGCUUGGUUGUCUCAAGCAAAAGUUCCUUUCUCUCAGGAGACGAGAGACUUAGUUCUUCCUCGCAUUUCUGAUAUGAACUUCGUACAGGAUCUCUGUGAAGAUCUUUAUGAACUAUUUAAGACUGAUAAAGGAUUUGACAAGGCUACCUUUGAAAACCAAAUGUCCGUUAUGAGGGGGCAGAUACUAAACCUCACUCAGGCGUUGAAGGAUGAAAAGAGUCCCAUUCAGCUUGUUCAGAUGCCACGUGUGAUUGUGGAGCGAAGUAGCACUGGAAGUCAGGGCCGAAUUGUUCACCUGGGUAAUGCGUUCACACAGACCUUUCAUAGCCGGAAGCCUUUCUUUUCCUCCUGGUAGCCAGAAAAGGAGUUUUUCUUAACUGUAGAAAGCUACUUCUGUGUAAAGGCUCUGCAAUAACGUACUUCUGCUGUAUGCCAAGAGCUCUGACUGCCGGCACCUCAGAACUUAAUUUCUAAAGACUUAAGAAAUGUAUUUUGAAUGUAAUAAAAGUUUACAAUUUUUGUCUCAAAAUUGUGAAUUCUUAUGUCAGGGAAUGAAAAGAACUUGUCCAUACUGUAUUUUUAUAGACUAAAUUAAUGUAUUCUGCAUAAUAUUCUGAAUAAGGGAAGAUGCAGUCUGCAUAUGCUGAGAAACUACUUUUGAAUCCAACAGGAAUUCUUUUUGUUUAAUAUAAAUGUGAGGACCUGUACACUACCAAUUUCUUUUUAUAUUUUCAUUUAAAAAAAAAAAAGGUGCAGAAUGUUAUCUUUGAUUGUGCAAAUGCUUUUCCUUGGAAUUUCUUCCUGAUAUUUUAAGCUGUUUAUAGAUUUUUUUUCAUAGGCUAGUUACUUGAAAA